AUGCUUGAGAGCGCCAUUCGCAUCCUCCGCACACCACCGGAUCCCACCGGAGGAAACGCGGAAUGCGGGCGGACCAGAGCAGACCACACCAAUCAACUCUCCGUUUGGCUCUGUUCCCCUCUCGUCCCUGCAGUGAGUGACGUCAUCCGCGGGGCGUCCGCCCAAGGGGGCCGUUUGGAGGUGCCGGCGACGCUGGCGGUGGCGACGCGGAUCACGCUGGGCAGCUUCGCCUUCAACUUCACGGCGGCGCGCUGCACCAACCUGCCGCGCUUCACCCCCAACGCCACCGUGCAGUGGACAUCCAAAGCCACGCCCACCCUCCCCGCGUGCAAGAACCUCACCUUCUGGAGCGGCGCGUCUUGCUCCGGCACCUCCUCGUACUUCCUCACGAGGCCCCCAAGCCUGACCAGCAACACCUCCCAAGCCACUCUCCCCUAUCCGACGGCAGUGUCGGCUCGCUGCGCUAUCGACAACAUGUGCCAGUACACCAAGUGCCCUGCGGGCUCCACCUGCAAGACAACCACGGACACCAGAGGCGUCACCUGCGCGUGCAAUCAGGACCUUUACGCCUACCAGGGCACUUGCCAACGUAAGCCACUUCCAGGGCGCCUCAACACCAGCCCCUCCCCUUGCACGGGCUUGCAGCCAUCGCGUGCCACUCCGCCUGCCCCAUUGCAUGCCCCACGAGCGCCUCACUCUCUUCCUCUCACCGGAUUGACUCUCUCCUCUUGCUGCGCUGCCCCCAUGCCCUCCCCGCCCGCCCUGCAUUCAUCACUGGCGCCACCAGCCAUGGAGAUCGCGGUGCAAUCGCCGGACUACGACACGCUGAUUGACGUCAUGGGGGUGCCCACGGAGGUGGACGCCACGCUGCCCGUCGCCACGCAGCUGGCAGUGGGCGCCUACAGCGUCCCCUUCGACCCCUCCUCGCGCUGCACGGGCGUGCCUGAGGGCACAGCGCCCGCUGGCGUGAGCACGCCUGUGAGCGUGCAGUGGGGCACUACCAGCGCGCAGGGGGGCGGGGCGAGUGCGCCGUGCUCGUCGCUGUGGUUCUUCAGCGGCAGCAGCUGCAACAGUGGCACGUCAUUCAGCAGCCUCAGCAAGACCGCCUCCAGGUCAGUGCGUGCGGAGUGA